CUUGUGGCCAAGGUGAGCCGUCCCGCGACCGUCGCGCUCCCUGCGCCCUAUAUAUUACACAGCUCUUUCUGGGCACUUCCAACACGCUCUCAACCCCUAUACACCUGUCCGUUCACCUCUUUCUGCUAAACACAUCACAAUGGCUGGUCGCGGCAAGGGCAAGACCUCUGGCAAGAAGGCCGUGAGCCGCAGCGCCAAGGCCGGCCUGCAGUUCCCUGUGGGCCGCAUUGCGCGCUACCUGAAGAAGGGCAAGUACGCCGAGCGCAUCGGUGCCGGCGCGCCCGUGUACCUGGCUGCCGUGCUGGAGUACCUGACCGCUGAGGUGCUGGAGCUGGCUGGCAACGCUGCCCGCGACAACAAGAAGAACCGCAUCGUGCCCCGCCACAUCCAGCUGGCCAUCCGUAACGAUGAGGAGCUGGGCAAGCUGCUGGGCGAGGUGACCAUCGCCUCGGGCGGUGUGCUGCCCAACAUCCACGCCGUGCUGCUGCCCAAGAAGACCAAGGGCGGCAAGGGCAGCGAGGAGGCCGCCUAAAACGCUCCUGUGCCCUGUUGCAACCCCAAGUUGCACCCCAAAAAAACUCGGUGUUUCUCAACACCACCUCUCAUUGCGGCACCGGGGCUUGGGUACUUGCAAGAUGAAACAAGGGGCUGUGAGGGCCUUUGACGUGGGGUUGGCAGGCUUUCACAUGCCUUCCCCCACGCAUGUGCAGCAGGUGCACAGGCUAUUGGCGGCCUGUCAACACUAAUUACUACCGC